GAGUCACAGUGGAGUAACGUGCUGUUUAAAAUGGAGCGAUUCUUCAGUCCUGAGAAAGGAAACGGUUUACGAGCUGCGAGAGAAAUUAAAGCCGGACAAAAGAUUUAUUCUACAGAACCGUUUGUGUUCUGUGUCUCCGAAAAGUCUUUAAACUCCACCUGCCAGUCGUGUCUCAGCAAGGGUGAGAGUUUAUUGAGAUGUUCUCAGUGUAAAGGUUCUCGGUACUGCAGUGUUCAGUGUCAGAAAGAGGAUUGGCCUGAACAUAAGAGAGAAUGUAAAUGUCUUCAGCGUGUGUACCCCAGAGUUCCCACCGACUCGGUCCGACUGACGGCCAGAAUCAUCUUCACUCUGCUCAAUGAUCCUGCAGCAGACUCACAGGAGCUUUACUCUAUAACACAACACCAAUCACAUCUGGAGGAGAUGAAUGAGGAGAAGAGAGAAGGUCUGGUUCAGCUGUGCUCCAUGUUAAAGCUCUAUUUGGACUCUGAUGUUUCUCAGCUGCCAAGUGGUUUGGAUCCCAUGAGUCUUCUGGCAAGGGUAAUGUGUAACUGUUUCAGUGUAAGUGAUGGAGAGCUGCAGAAUGUUGGAUUAGGACUGUACCCCAGCAUGUCUCUGUUAAACCAUGACUGCAGGCCGAACUGUGUGAUGAUGUUUUCGAGGAAGAAACUUGAACUACGAGCAGUACGAAGAAUUCAGCAACAUGAGGAGUUGUGUAUCAGCUAUACAGAUAUUUCAGCUCCUCGUGUUGAGAGACGAACACAGUUGAUGGAACAGUUUUACUUCCUGUGCCAGUGUCAAAGAUGCAGUGAUGACCAGAAUGACAGUACCAUGUUGGGAGGGGAGCAGUCAAAGUGGACAAUAAUUAGAGACUCAAUACCUCACCUGGAGUCUUUACGACAUGAAGAGAAGUGGGCGGAGCUUCAGCAGGUGUGUCAGGCUCUGAUUUGUGCAAACUCUCCUGCAGUCCCUGAUUCUAAUGUGUACAUGCUAAGGGUGUUGGACUCGCUCAUGGACGCCUGCAUCAGUCUGAGUCAGUAUGAGACAGCACUGAAGUACGGCACCAGGACACUGAAUGCAUACGUGCUGCAUUAUCCUGAUCCUCACCCCUCACACGCAGUGGAGCUGCUGAGAGUCGCAAAACUGCAGCACUACUGUGGAGACGUGGAACAGGCUGAGAAAACCUUCACACAGGCGUAUAAAGUGAUGAAGGUGACUCAUGGUACUGAUCAUCCCCUUGUCAGUGAAGUGUGUAGGAAGUUGGCUGAGUGCCAGGCUGAGUGCCAGGCUGAGUGCCAGGCUGAGUGCCAGGCUGAGUGCCAGGCUGAGUGCCAGGCUGAGUGCCAGGCUGAGAGACUUUAAUCACUUACAUCCUUUACAUUUUACAAUAUUAAAUUGAAUUACUGGAAUUAAAUAUUAAACUUUAUCAUAAUAAAUUCUGGAGCAUUUAUUUUGUACAUCUUAAACCCCAACAUGUCAUUAGUGAAGCUGUAAAGCUGAAUGUUACAGAUGUCCCUGCAGUCAAACACCUAAACUUAACACUUACAGUCUCUGACACAGACCCUGAACACCGAGCUUAUGGCUGAAGCCUCAAGAGA